AAAUAGCAAAAGCAUAAUAAUCAGUUAAAAUGGGGAGGAAGGUGCUGUUUGUGGCCAUGCUUCUUGCAGUGGCCUUCACCGUGUCUCGAUGCAUUCCCUUCACUGAGGAAGAUUUGUCGACCGAGGACAGCCUGUGGGCGCUCUAUGAGCGAUGGCGCAGCCACCACACGGUGGCGCGGGAUCUCGAGGAGAAGCGCCGGCGUUUCAACGUGUUCAAGCACAACGUCAAGUUCAUCCACGAGUUCAACAAGAAGGACGAGCCGUACAAGCUCAGGCUCAACGCCUUCGCGGACUUGACCAACCAGGAGUUCCGGGGCUUCUACGCCGGCUCCAAGAUCGAGCACCACCAGAUCCGGCGAGGGGAGAAGCCGGAGGGGGAGUUCAAGCACGGCCACGUCGAUCUCCACAAACUCCCUGCGUCGGUGGAUUGGAGGACCCAGGGCGCAGUUACACCCGUCAAAGAUCAAGGCCAAUGCGGGAGUUGUUGGGCAUUUUCGACGGUCGUUGCUGUUGAGGGUAUAAAUCAAAUCGCGAGCAGAAAGUUGAUAUCGUUAUCUGAGCAAGAGCUUGUGGAUUGCGAUACGGGCAACAGUGGAUGCGACGGAGGGUUGAUGGAUAAUGCAUUUGAAUUCAUCAAAAAUGUUGGAGGCAUAACUACAGAGGCUACGUACCCUUACACAGCACAGCAAGGACCCUGCAGUGCCUCUAAGGUGAAUAAUCCCGUUGUGACAAUUGAUGGAUAUGAAGAUGUUCCAUCAAACAAUGAGAAUGCUCUUCAACAAGCUGUGGCAAAUCAACCUGUAUCAGUCGCUAUUGAUGCAGGUGAUCAAGCCUUCCAGUUCUAUUCUGAGGGGGUCUUUACGGGACCUUGUGGCACGAGCUUAGAUCAUGGAGUUGCGGUUGUUGGAUAUGGAGUUACACAAGAUGGAACUAAAUAUUGGAUUGUGAAGAAUUCAUGGGGGACAAGUUGGGGAGAGCAAGGCUACAUAAGGAUGAAACGAGGAAUCCCAAACAGGAGAGGAACAUGUGGUAUUGCCAUGUCAGCUUCCUAUCCCAUCAAAACAUCACCCAACCCUAGCAAUGAAUCAGCCAAGGAUGAACUCUAGGAGCAUAAACAUAGUUAUGUUGUUGUCCAACGAUGGUGUUGUAUUGUCUUUACUUUGCAAUCUCUAUUUUGCAAUGUCUUGUUGUGUUCUUAUUGCACUUAGAUGAAUGGCUAUGUUUCUUAAUAAAUACGCAUGUAGAUUAAGUUAUCAAUGAAAGCUUGUGGUGUUUUAUGAAGUCAACAUGAUUCAAAUUAA